GCGCGCGAAAAUUGAAAUUCGAACAGUGAAUAUUUUUUUUUAACUAAGCGAUGAACUUUCAAAGCAAAGCCAACAAAUAUGUGUGCCCAAACGACCGGCAGCUUUCUUUACGGUCAAAAUUACGAACUGGUUGGAGUGCUGCAAGAAGCGAACCGCCGUUGACUCAAAACGAAAGGGAAGCCAUCGCAGCCGUUGUUAAGAGGGCUGAGAAGGUCGACGAGGUAGAAGCACGACGUGUUGGUCGACUAGUUUCAAGACUUGAAGGAAUGCGCCGUUCAGCAUCGGGUCCCGCUCCGCGUAGUUGUCUGUUAUGUGGGGAGACGUCUAAGCUGUUGGCUCCUUUGCGGACAUGCUCCAUGUGCCAAAACACCGCGUGCCCAAAAUGUGUUAUCGACACACCUCCUCACAGAUCUCCAAUAUAUUCAAGAGACCAGUACAUGUGCAACCUCUGCGCUGAAACCCGUGAGAUGUGGAAGAAGUCAGGCGCGUGGUUCUUCAAAUCCUUACCCAAAUAUAUCUUACCAGAUAGAAGAGCCACCGGCAGAUACAACGACACGGAGCUUGCAAAGUCGCUGCAGGACGCAGGCAACAGCAGCAACGAAGGUAAAACAGAUUCGGAACCCGGUUCGCCUCUCAGCAUCCAUCCACCGAUCUUCUCGAGACAACCAAGCAAUACCGACAGCAGAAAGUCCAUAAGCUCAGCAAAAGAUCAUGAUUGGACCGAAACCGAUAUCUUAUCCCACGGAGUGAGCGGUCUAAGUCUCCAUAGAACGGACAGCCUCAACCAAAGACCUUUAGGACUAAAACGUACCGGCAGUAAAGGAAGUGCCUACAGUCUUAGAAGUAUAAGAAAAGAGGUGCCCAAACCAAUCACCCAGGUGGAGAGACCACCAACAAUACCUGACUCCGGAUUCGGGACCUUAGAAAUAAAAUUGGCCUAUGAUAACGGAACAUCUUCGUUAGCUGUUACAGUUUUAAGAGCCCGAGGCUUAAUAGGAAUGGAUAUGACUGGACUUUCCGAUCCGUUCUGUAGGUUAGAAGUAAUACCACGAGAAGGCACGUAUUCAAACAGGCUGCGGACAAAGACGGUGCAUAAGACAAAAAAUCCGGAGUUCAAUGAGACUGUGCAUUUUUUCGGCAUCACCGAAUCUGACUUAUCCACGAAGUCUUUGGAAAUUCUUGUAUUUGAUGACGAUAAAUAUGGAUGCGACGAAAUGGGCUCAGCGACAGUUGCUCUCAGGGAAUGCCUGAAGUCUCCCGCCCAGUUACGAUUAGCACUUUCGGGAGCUUCGGGUACUGAGCCAACAGGACCGCGAUUGUUGCUAGCAUUGUGCUAUAGCACCAAGAGGAGGGCGUUAGUCGUAACGAUGUGCAGAGCGGCUGAACUGCCAGCGCAGGACAGUAACGGAUAUUCGGAUCCUUUCGUUAAAUUGCAUCUAGAUCCCGAUCCGUACCAUAAAAAGCACAAGACAUCCAUCAAAUGGCGCAACUUGAAUCCAGUUUGGAACGAGGAGUUCCUCUUCGAGACUCGGCCUACAGAGCUUUCCCGUCAAAACCUAACAGUGACUGUCUGGGACAAGGAUUAUGGGAAACCGAACGACUUUCUUGGUAGCUUAGUGCUAGGUGCUAGUAGCAAAGGGAGAAGGCUCAAACACUGGAUGGAUUGUAUUAAAUUCCCUGACCAUAGACAUGAGCAGUGGCACUCUUUGACCGAUACGCAACAUUUGUAAAUGUAGUUAGCCCAGGGCAUCCCAACCUGGGGUGCCGCAAAAAGUACAACGGUGCACCGAGAGGCGCUCCUUCAAAAAAAUCAAGUAAAAUAUUUUUGAUAGUUUAUAUGCAGAGGAGUCACGACUUGUCCCACAGUUUGGAAAAAAAAUCUUGCUUCUCUGUUAAAGUUUAUUGCUUAAAUUUGGUUUUAUUAGUUUCAUAACGUCAGGUAGGUACCUAUCCUAUCUAUUUUAAAUAGCUAGGCUUGGGCGCAGGCGCAGCACGUCAAAUGUCUUAACUUGUAAAUGCGCCGCUGGAAUAAUAAGGUUGGCAACCCCUGAGUUAGCCCAAGAUAGUUCCGUACCAACUGAAUUGUAAUGUCAACUGAGGUGCUGCGGGCACAGAAAAUAUUCUUGACUGACUAAUUCUUUAAUAUUUAUAACUAGAUAGAAAAAAAAAACGUUUGAGCCGUUACGGGAC